AUGAUGCAAAAUCUAGCCAACAUCCGGCAAGAGGCAGAGACUCCCGCGGGCAGACGCUUGGGCGAGCAUCACCAUAUCAUUCAUCAUGUUGAGCACGUGGUUGGUGAUGAUGAGUCCUCGCUGCCGCCAGAACAUCUGUACCAUCACGGACACGUGUACUCCGGUGCUGGUGGUGGUGAUGGUUCCGUAGUAUACCACCAUUAUGGACACAUGUCCUCUGGUGCUGGUGGUGAUGAUUCCGCAGGAUACCACCAUUACGGACACAUGUCUUCCGAUGCUGGUGGCGAUGGUUCCGCGGAAUACCACCAUUACGGUCACAUGUACUCUGGUACUGGUGGCGAUGAUUCCGCCGGAUACCACCAUUACGGCCACAUGUACUCCGGUGCUGGUGGCGAUGAUUCCGCCGGAUACCACCACUACGGACAUAUGUACUCCGAUGCUGGUGGCGAUGGUUCCGCGGAAUACCACCAUUACGGCCACAUGUACUCUGGUGCUGGUGGUGGUGGUGCAGAAUACCAGGGCAGUGCUUACGGGGGCGGUGCUUAUGGGGACGGUUCUGCGGAGUAUCGCUCCGGUGGUGCUUAUGGUGAUGGGUCCGCAGAAUAUCAUCAUUAUGGGCACAUGUACUCCGGUGGUGCUUAUGGUGAUGGUUCCGCAGGGGGUGCUGCAGAGUAUCGCUACGGUGGUGCUUAUGGUGAUGGAUCCGCAGACUAUGGGGACAUGUACUAUGGCGCUGAUGGUGCUAAUUCCACAGGGUUUGGCGCUUACAGCAAUGGCUCCGAUGGUCGGUAUUCUUACGGCAGCGGGCGCUAUGGCGGCAAGUACUACGCGGACAACGGAAUUGGCUACGGCCGAGGCGGACACGACUACGUUCAUGUUCAUGGCGACGGUGUUAACGGCCAUGUCCACAUCAUGGGUCCUGCCAGCAAAGGCCACUAUGUCAGUCACUUCCACGGAUACGACGGACAUGAAGUGAAGCACAUCAUCGAGAAGAACUACUAUGAUGUGCAAACCAAGACCCACGUCAUUCGGAAGCCCAUCCCUGUCGCUGGACCGGUGCACUACGAAUCCGUCGUCAUUCCAGCCAAGCCACUCGAAGACUGCUUUCGUGGAUACUCGAACUACAAGAAGUUGUGGGACACGAAGAAGCAGCGAUACUGCUGCUACAAGUACAAGCGGGCUUGCACAACCCAGUACGUCAAGCAAUAUCAUUACCACACGGUGGUCCACAAAAAAGAGGUUCCUGUCGAGGUUGCCAAGACAGUCGCAGUGCCGGUGGCGGCCAAGCGCAGGGUCAUCACCAUCCACGACCAUGAAGAGCCAGAGCCGCGGAAGGUUUUGGUGUUAGCUCCGAAGCCCCUCGCCAGCGGUGAUCCAUGUCAAGGCAUCUCGGUCCUGCAAGCCGUGCAUGCUUUCGACAGAGGUGCCUUGAGCCUUGCCGCCGAGGUACCCGUGCCCGUGCCUGGCCCACCAGCCCGAACCGUGACCAAGGUGAUUCACUACGAUGUGCCCAAGCCGGAGACGAAGAUCAUUCACAAAACCAAGGUUAUCAAAAAGCCUGUGCCGGUCGUGCACUAUGUCGAUUACCCCGUGGAGAAGGAGAGCAAACCGAAGGUGGUGAUCGAGACCAAGCACGUGAUGUCCGAGGCUUAUGAUUGCCACGAUGGUAUGCACCACUGGAAAGGAAUGUGGUCCCACAGCAAGCGGUUGUACUGCUGUUGGAGGAAGCAGAUCGGCUGCCCUCAUACUCAUAUCAUUGUCAAGAACAAAACCGAAGUCCACACCAAGUACGUCAAGCGCAAGGUGGUGAUGCCCGCGCAGAUUAUCUACAAGGAUGUCACGGACGUGGUCCACAAGCACGUCCAUUCCCUUGAUUUUGAUUGCAACUCGGGAUACUCCAACUGGUACUACGGCUGGUCUCCGAAGAAGAAGACGUGGUGCUGCCACCAGGAGAAAUUGGGCUGCCCGGGAACAUGGAAAGGAUUCAUCAAGGGGAAGGCAACAUUGGUCCUCCAUCACCAUGAAGGUCAUGCCACAGGGACUCUUUACGAUUGUGAUGCCGGAUUCUCCAACUGGAUUCAUGGUUGGUCGAACUCGAAGAAGGACUGGUGUUGCGAGAACGAGCAUAAGGGCUGCGCGCCGUACCACUGUGACGGUGAGUCCGACGACUGGUCCAGUGAACACCGCGAAUGGUGUUGCGGAAACUUCCAGAAGGGAUGCGCUGUUACCACUCUCUCGCCUUUGGGCUGCGAUGCACCUUGCACUCUCCACGGCGACACGUCCACAUGCCAAGAGCGUGUCGACUGGACGAAGGAGAACACCUUCGACGGACGCGACAAUGCGUGUGCACUGGCCUACAGCCAGGUGCAGGUGGAGUGUGAUGUUUGCCGCGCCUGCAGUGUCGAGGCAGCUGGGUGCCAGGUGGCGCACGGUUCCGCCAGCGAUCCCUACGACUGCAAUGCAGCACUGAACAACUUCUUCAGGGCUUGGUCACCUGCAAAGAAGCAGUGGUGCUGCAACAACCAGGGCAAAGGCUGUGAGGGUGAGCACCCACCAUCGGUGGAUCCGGGCGCUGGCAUGAUGUGGAAGCAUGUCCAGGUGAACGGGUACUGGACGUGGCAGGUGGUGUCUGUGGGAGGAGGUGCUGUGGGAGGGCCCGCAAGCCUUCCCUUCGACUGCAAUGUCGGCCGCGUGAACUGGAUGCAGGGUUGGUCCGAGCCGAAGAAGACCUACUGCUGUGCUCACGCCCACUUUGGAUGCCCCGGAGAUGCUAGUGCAGCAAUGGGACACACGGUGGUCACCCACCACACGUACACCACCGUAACACAUGGUGGCGGUGGACACAUGGUCGGCGGGCAUAUGGUCGCUGGACACAUGGUUGGUGGACAUGCUGUCGGUGGUGGACACAUGGUUGGUGGACACAUGGUUGGUGGACACGUUGCUGGCGGAGGUGCUGCGGCCAUGCACAUUCAUGGCGGGGCAGUUGAGUACGAGUUGCGACAUCACACUGCUGAGCUUGGAUUCUUCGGGCAUGUUUCCACAGGCAACUCGCCGCUGCACCAUGACAUCAUGCGUGCUUGUCGCUUUCUGACAGAAAGCGUGUGCGACAGCGAUCUGCUUCGUCACCUGGCAGGCGUUGAUGGCAACAUCCUUACGAUGGCUGCAGUGACGGCUUAG